GUUUUUAUUCGGGGUUAGCUCACUUUGUUGACACAUGACACUCAUGACAGUCCGUUCGUGAUUUUCAUUUCGAUAUCACGUCACGGUCAUUUUGCCGAAAGUUUAAGAAAUAUCCCGGAAAUAAAAUUACGUGUUUUUCAUAACCGCAAUAGCCUUAAUUGGAUAUAAGACUUUGUAUAAAAUGUUAGUGUUAUAAAAUCUUUCGUACUACACACGUAUUACAUCAAUAUAUAUUAAACAUAUUAAUAUUAUUUCAUUAAAACAAAUUAUUAAAUAUCUAGAAAUUAAUUAACUUUUCACGUAAUAACUUUCUUGUUCUGCAUUGUCAUUGCAUUUUUCUUUAAAUUAAUAAAAUUAAAAUGCAAGGUGUUUUAAUCUGCGUGCCUAUAUACACUUUCGCGGCGCUUCUACUCGGGGCCUCAAUAACAGCCGGUAUUUUCGUGUUUCAUGUAGCUGUUGUACCACUGAUAUUCAAAUACUCGAAAACUUUUAGACGUCACCUGAUAUUUGCUAACUUUGUCCAAUGGCCAUUGAACGUGGACUUCGACGACGUAAAAGCGGGCGGUGUGGACGGUGGAAGGAAUUUCUACAUCGAAUACAAGUCUAAAGUAGACAAUUGUGAUAUUAAGAUAGGGGUCUGGCACAUAUUACCAAAAAGUGCCUACGAAAAGCUGAAAGGUAACUUCGAAGGUACCACGGAUAAGGAAGAAUUGAACAGGCUGAUGGACUCAGAAUUGACCGACUCCAAGUAUCCUAUCAUGCUUUACUGUCACGGUAAUUCGAAUUCCCGCGCCACGUCUCACAGGGUCCAAAUGUAUAAGUUCUUUCAGCAAAUGGACUAUCAUACCGUUGCUUUUGACUACAGAGGUUACGGUGACUCGACGAAAGUGACUCCGAGCGAAGAUGGUGUGGUCGAAGAUGCUCUGAUCGUCUACGAUUGGCUCCACACAACAGUUGAUAAAGCUCCGUCCAGACCGCCGAUUUAUAUAUGGGGACAUUCGCUCGGUACGGGCAUAUCUUCACAUCUCCUCGGGAACCUGGACAAGCUAUCGAAGAACAUUCUAGAACGUCCGAAACCUCUGCCGCUACCAAAUGGACUGAUAUUAGAAGCGCCAUUUAAUAAUUUAGAAGAUGAAGUACAUUAUCAUCCUUUGGCUAAGCUGGUGUCCUGGCUGCCGUACUUCGAGUCGUCGUUCGUGUCUCCGUUCGCCGCGUGUCGCGUGCACGCGUUCCGCUCCGACAAGCACCUCGCACGCGCCCCGCACCUGCCCGCGCUGCUGCUGCACGCGCGCGACGACCGCAUCGUGCCGCACUGCGUCGGCCACAAGCUCUACCGCUCCGUGCUGGAGUCCCGCGCCGCCGGCGGAGCGACCAUCAAGUUACAUUCGUACGACGAAAAGGAAAACCUGGGGCACAAAUGGAUCUGUCUCGCUAAAGAUCUCUCCGAAGUCGUUGGCGAAUUCGUUUCAAGUCAUCGGUGAAAAUUACUAAUUUUAAUCUAGUUAAAACUCGCGCUUCAGCGAUCUCACGGGUGUGGAAAGUGCUUUUGCAGAUUGUACACAUUGUUUGGAAUAAAAUAUUUCAUAGUA